AUGGAUUCAAUAGGUUCAUCUUCUGAUCCAAAUCCAUUUGGCGUUUUCGACACGCCGGAGAUUCCAUCCUCAAAGGGACAUUCUGAUGAAGAGGUAAUUCUAGCAUCGAGUCGGCCAAAGAAACGUGCCGGGAGGAAGAAGUUCAAGGAAACGCGCCACCCGGUUUAUCGAGGCAUUAGGCGGAGGAAUUCAAACAAAUGGGUAUGCGAGUUACGCGAACCGAGCACUCAAAAACGGAUAUGGCUAGGAACUUAUCCUACAGCAGAAAUGGCCGCACGUGCUCACGAUGUGGCUGCAUUGGCAUUCAGAGGUCAGUUGGCAUGCCUGAAUUUCGCUGACUCUGUUCAGCGUUUGCCCGUGCCAGUGUCCAAGGAUGUUAAGGAUAUUCAGAAGGCGGCGUUAGAGGCAGCAGAACUGUUUAGGCCGCCGGAGGAGGGUGGUGGGACAAUAUUGCAAGAAAAUGUGAUGGAUUCUACGGGGGUUUCUGGUGGCAAUUCGACAACACUGGACACAACGAAAACAUUAUCAGACUGUGAUGUUUCUUACAUGAAUGAGGAUUCAGUGACUAACAUGGGAGGGGUUUUGAUGUCACCACCACCUAGUUUAGACCACAGUUUAAGCUGGGAUGACAUGGAAAGUGACGCUGAGAUGGAGCUUUGGAGCUAUUCUAUUUGA